AGUUCAAGCUUCUACAAAGUAGGUCCGGCAGGUGCGCGGCAUCUCGCCGUGUUCCACAGGGCUGUAGGCGAGAUGAUGGUCACGGGGGGCCUCGGUGGCCUUGGCCUCAUCGCCUCCUUCCACUGUGCCGCGGAGUUUGACAACCCCAUCAUCACCACCUCCAGAAGUGGCAGAUUAGGCAGUGGUGGGGCCUCUGCGAUGAACAUGUUCGAAGCCUUGAAAGAGAUGGUGCCGGUCUACAACGUCAGGCUCAAUGUAGCAAAUGCUCAAGACACGUCAGAUGUAUUCGCUUGGGUCAGCAGACCUGGUAUGCCUCCUGAGGAUAGCAAGAUCCUCAUUGAUGAAGUUGUGUAUCAGGUGAAGUACAAGAUCCAUUCACUGCCCGACGAGGCGCUACGAAGAAUCCAAGAGUUUUUGCUGGAAGUGAAGGAUAAGCUGCAGCAAAUCAUGAUGGACAUGCGUUCAGAGACGAAGACAGAUCAGGCAACCAUGGCGGACCUUGCUGACAAGGAUGCUGCGGUCACCAAUGCCAUCGCUUUGAUCCAAUCAAAGGUGGGUGCGGUGCCGCGCACCUGCCGACUGCUGGGUGGCCUGCAGACGGUGGGCUACACGGUGCCUGACGGGGGCUCGAUGCCUAUUCUGCCGGCAGAGCCGAGCGACAGCCAGCCUGCUGCUCCUAGCAGUGGCAGUGCGAGAGUCCAUGUCUCGGAGCUCAUGGCGAUGGAGAAAUUCAGCACACUGCCGAAACCCAUUGGGCCAACCACCAGUGCACUCUUUUAGGGUCGCAGCCGGGCGCGGUCGCCGGACCCUCGCCGCCCCGGAGGAGGCUAACCGGGGGAUGGAUUUGGGGUUCCAAC